GCCAAACGUGAAGAAGAAACACUUCCGCUGUGACGCGCUUUGCAGUCAGUAAAUGGCGGCGGACAGCAGGGUGGACUGUAAACGUUUCCACGGUCGGUUCAUGCGCCGCGCUGACGCCAAACUCACAGCCGAGGAGCCGCAGACGGAACAAGCGUUGAACUAAUGGAGAACGAAGAUGGAGAGAAUGAUGCGGAGUGUGAAGUGGCUGAGCUACGUCUGAGAGCAGACUCACUGAAGCAUGAGCUCAGAGAGUGCAGAUCCGAGCUGGCAAAGUUACAGAAGCAGCUGAAUCAGUCUGAGAGACUCCAGAAGAGCACAGAGAGCUACAACGAAGACCUGAGGAAACAGGUGGAUCAACUGAGUGCAGAGAUUCAUGAACGGAAGAAGAAGGAUAAAGACAGAGUCAACAGUGAAACUCAGACAGAAGAAAAUGUGUGGACAGAAUCUGAUUAUUACAACUACUACUAUGGAAGCUACUAUCAGAACACUGAGUCAGCAGAUCCUCAGGAAGGUGUGAUCGCAGAAGCAGCAUCAGCAGCAUCAGCAGAAGCAGCAUCAGCAGAAGCAGCAGCAGCAGCAGCGGCAUCAGCAGCAGUGGACGGAGCUGACCACAGCGAGUCUGUAGAGGUUUCAACACCAAACGAAGCAGCAGCUGCAGAUGAGCCAGCUCAACCUAACAGCAGUGUUACAGUGGCAACAGAGGAGGGCGAUGCAGGAUCUAUAGCUGAUAUGUUGAGGGCCACUGCUGAAGAGGCAAUGACACAGACCGGCUUUGUGUUUGAUGAGACCACAGGGAUGUACUACGAUCACAGCACAGGCUUCUACUACGACUCGGCUAGUCAGUUGUACUACGAUGCCAACACAGGCAUUUACUACUACUGCGAAGCAGAAAGCGGCCGAUAUCAGUUUCAUUCCAGGAUUGAGGUUCCUGCUGCACAGACCGGUGUAGAGCCGUGUCCAGACACGUACACUGCUGAAAAGAAAGGCAGGAAGUUCAAGAAAGGACUCAAGAAAACAUCACACCAGGACGAUAAGGAACUAACGUUUGAUGACAUGAAGUUGGAACAAGAAGAAAUAGAAUGGGUCGAGCUGAAAACAAUGAAGAGGAGCACAGAAUCCCAGAAACUGAAGCGAAGGUCUCGCAGUGCAGACUUGGCUUCACGUCGGGAGGAGAGCGACAAAUCUUCGAAGAGGAAGAAGCAGAAAAACGGUUCACGGCACGAUGACAAGGGAAGAACCGAGAAGAAAAGGAAGAAAUCAGAAAAGAAGAAGAAGAAGAAGAAAAAGAGCAAGAUUCGAAGUGAUGACUCGGAGGGGAAUAGCGAACCGGAGGAGGGUGAGAUCACGGAGUCUGAGAAAGACAAGUGGGAGUCUACUCCUUCAUUCUCAUCAUCGUCUGCAUCCCCCUCCGAGGAAAGCCCAGAAUCCGAGAUGGAGACUCAGAGUCUGGAAGUCAAUGCAAACAUUUGGCCGCCUUGUGUAAGAGUGACAGUAGUCAGGUCUCCAGUGCUGCAGGUGGGCACUCUGUUCAUCAUCACUGCCGACUCUCCAGCCACCAUCGGCAGAGAGAAAGAUAUGGAUCAUGCAAUCAGAAUACCAGAGAUGGGAGUCAGCAAGUUCCAUGCAGAGGUGCACUUUGACCAGGAGCAGCAGAGCUAUGUGCUGGUGGACCAGGGAAGCCAGAACGGAACAGUCAUCAAUGGCAACCGAAUCUUACAGCCCAAAGCAAUAUGUGAGCCGCAUGUGCUGAUGCACGGUGAUGAGGUGAAGAUGGGAGAGACUGUGCUCUCUUUCCAUAUCCACUCAGGCACUGACACCUGUGAUGGAUGUGAGCCUGGGCAGGUGAUGGCUCACCUCAGCAAGCACAAGAGAGAGGAGAACACAGGCCCUUCUCUCACCAAAGAGGAUAAAGAAGCACUGAGACAGAAGGAGCUGAAACAGAUGAAGGCCAAAUAUGGCCUGCAGAGCAAUGAGGAGACCAAAGCCCUGAAGAACCCCAAAUAUAAGGACCGAGCAGAGUAUCGUCGACAGGCGGUGGGCAGUGAGGGGGUUUUCCAAAGAGAUGAUGCUCCUGCUUCUGUUCACGAGGAGAUCAGUGAAGUCAAUAAAGGACGGAAGAUGCUGGAAAAGAUGGGCUGGAAGAAAGGAGAGGGACUUGGCAAAGGGGGAACUGGAAUGAAGAACCCAAUUGAACUGAAAAUCAGAAAGUCUCAGUCAGGCCUGGGUGCCGGUGCAGCCAUGUCUCUCGACAGCGUCUCUACGACCAAAUCAAAGUCCCAGAAGAACUGGGAGAAAGCCAGAGAGAGAUUUGCUGAUACAUGCCAGCCUGACGCACCGGUCGUCAAAACACAGAUCAACUCACCCAAAGCCUGGGUGAGAGCAGAAGAGACUGAGACCACCAACUCACAGACAGACAGCCAAAGUUAGGAAUACGGGCAGAUGCAUAUAUGUACAGGGGAAAAUAAGAGCAGAGUGCUUUUUUACUCAGUUUGUUCUUUAGUGUGCUGGUUGAAGGCCCCAGCAUCAAACGAAAUCUAACCUCUAACUUUGUUCUGUACUAAGCAGAACGUGACCAUCAGUGUUUGGAACCAGAUUUUAAUUAAGUUUGAUGAAAAUGUGGAUCAGUUAUAGUCAUUUUAGUCUCAAUUAGAAUUUUUAUGUCAUCUAUGCAUUUUAAGACUACAGCUGCCAACACCCUUGUUUACGGUUUCCAUGGUGGCAGUGAUUUCUUUUUGCUAAUGAGGUCAAAUUAUGAGGAUGAGAUUGUUAAAACAGCAGAGGAAACAGUUCUGCUAAUCUGGAGCUACAGUGUGAGAUUUCACGAAUGUAGGAAUAGAUUGAAUAAGACACGUAUAUACAUCCAACUUUCACAUUUUGUGGUUAUUUGUUGAAAAUAAAAUUUGAUGAAGUUCAGAGCUAACUUUUCCAUAAAUUGGGGUUAAACAAAUAUAAUAAAAUAGUUGUCAUUGAUGAAAUGAAACGCUGCUGAUCACAAGUAUUAUGUCAAAAUAUGGGAACUACAUGCGGACCAUUAGUAAAAUGCUGUCUAUCAACCAGUUGUCCAUAGCUGUGCGUUAACAGAGUUUGUAAAAGUCAGUUUCUGUGUUUGCAGAAUGUUUCUGUCUCUGCUCCAUAAGUGAAUAAUGUGGGAUGUUUUCAGUCCACAACACUGGAAGUAAAGUUAUUGACAGUGUUUCACAGACCCAUGUGUCUGUUGUCAAACCAACACAGGGCAGAUCUGCUGCUGUGCCUCCCAGAACAAAGAGUACGUGGAUUGCCUCAAGCAAAUAUUGACACAGUGAAGCUACAUUUCUCACAAUGACAUCAUACUGUGAUGAGACAACUGUGGAUCUGUUCAGACAGCCCCGUAAACUGGAUCAUGUGACCAAACACCAGACCCCUUCUUAAAAUGUUGCACCUUAAAAAUGUGCAGUUGCUGAACGUUGUGUAAGACGAUCACAUUUUGUUGUCACUGCUGUUUUUGCUGCAGAGCUCACACACAGCCACGUGUUUGUUCAAGGCCAGCGAGCAAACAUAUUGUACAGUCCGUCCAUAUGAAGUCUUAACUGGAAUCAUUUUGAGGCUGUGUGAAUAUUUGCAUGUGAGUGCAAGUGUACGCUGAAACAGAGGCCAGUCACACCACAGGGAAAACAAAUUCAACUAAGUUCGGCCACAAGUGUUCUCUUGUAGUUCCAGGUAUCAGUUUAGCUGCAUACAACUUAACAGGAAAGUGUAGUUUGUUAUUAUAAGUUCAUGACAACAAAUUCAAAACUAAAUGGGGGUGGACUUUGCACAAACACCUGUGUCAAACAGGUGAGUGAUCUGACUCACAUGCUGCUGCUGGUGUGACUCCUGGAGCUGGCCCUCCUGCUGCUCCUCUUCUGACUUAAAGUGCCCCCCAUUCUGAUCCCCUCUCGCUCCAGUCAAUGGACCGCCGCUGGUAUGGGUGUGUAUCUCCCUCAGCUUGCAGGCAUACUCUCCUGAGACUGUUCAGUGGGAAGCAGUGGUGCUCUGCCGUCACAUUUCUUCCUCUCUCUAUCAGCAGGUAGGUCCCUCCCUGCCCGAGUCUCCGCCCUCGGCCUCCUGUCAGCAGCUGAUACUAUAGUGUAAUAAAGUUGGGAGGGACCGACUCGUGGCCUGUGUGCCUGGUUGUGUUGGGUAGAAAGUCUCAGCCAUAAAAAGAUGUUGUGAGUCAUGAGAUAAAGUGGGAAUUCAUUCUUGUGUGAGGAUGUGGCUCAGGGCGCUUUCAGAGAUCAGGCUUGACCAGUUCCUAACACUGCAAGGUCGAUCAGAGUAACACUGGGCCUCUGUUCUUUCAAGUGCAUUCAUAGUUUUUUUUUUGGCAUAACAAGUGAUUCUUAGUGCUCGGAGGAUGAAAUCAGCUGACAUGUUUUCAUGGUCUGAUGCAUGGUAAUGAAACAAUCCUAAUAAAUUAAUGUUCCUAGUGUUGCAGUCUAUGGUUGCAGGCCAUGUUAAACUAAUCACUGGAGUGUGUAGAGGCCCCUGUGUCAGUGCAUGUUAUUGUUGCUCAGAGUAUUUCUGAGACAACCAUAUUUCCUCACCAUACUCUCACAGGCAGGUAGCAACAGGUUCUCUUUAAGUCAAAGUUUGAAGCUGAAGCAGAAUCUUGUUUAUUUGACCGAGGUUGUCGUCAUAUUCUGCUACUUCAAAUCUACUAAAAUUACAUCC